GAUUGUGUUGUUUGGAAAGAGUCAGAAUAAAAAGACAACACUGACAAACUUCAUCACACAGAAAAAUCUUUUAAGAGAUACUCUUUCUCAUCUUCCCAUAAUAUCCUCACAAACUACAGUUAGUGAAGGAACCUGGUGGAAAACACAGGUGAAAGUAGUGAACACGUCAGACGUCUUCAGUCUGCCCAGUGAUAAAGUAAGUCAUGAGACUAAGAAGUGUGUGGCUCUUUGCCCCCCAGGACCAAACGUUCUGGUGCUGUUAGUGAAGCCUUCUAAGUUCACUGAAGAGGACAGAAAAAAAAUAAAGUUCAUCUUGAGUUUCUUUGGUCAAGAUGCUUUUCGAUACUCAAUGGUCAUCUUGACACACACUGAGGAGGUGAGGAAUUCAGCUGUGGAUCAGCUGAUACAUGAGUGCAGAAGUUGGCACAAAAUCAACAUUGACAGAAAAGACCUCUCACGAGAGGAUCGUCAAGUGCUCAUUGAAAAGAUGGAGAAGAUCGUGAGCGACAACAAAGGAAGGCAUCUUUGCUGCACUGGAGGAGGUGUCCCCAUGGCAACAGCAACAACUUUCAAACCUCCUCUCAACCUUGUAAUCUGUGGAAAAUCUGGAGUCUGGAAGACUUCUGCAGCCAACGCCAUUCUUGGAAAUCGCAGGUCUAAACCACCUGCUGAAGGAUCAGAAUGCGUUAAGAACGAGGUGGAGGUGGCUGGUCAGUUAGUGUCCUUGAUUGAGAUGCCUGCCUUGUAUGGACAACCCCCUGAGGCGGUACAGAAGUACACGUCUAGAUGCAUCGCUCUGUGGAACCCUGAGGGCGUCCAUGCCUUCAUCCUGGUCCUCCCUGUGGGUCCUCUCAGUACUAAAGACAAGGGAGAGUUAGAAAGCAUCCAGAAAGCAUUCAGCUCUCGAGUCAAUGAUUUCACCAUGAUUCUGUUCGCGGUGGAAUCAGAUCCUACAGAUCCAGACAUUGUUAACUUUGUGAAUGAAAGUAAGACCAUGCAGGAGCUCUGCCAGAGCUGUGGAGGACGCUACCUCAUCUUCAACGUCAAAGACAAGCAGCAGGUCUCCGAGAUAUUGAGUAUUGUGGAAAGCAUGACAGCUUUGGGAUCCAAGUGCUUCACAAAGCCAAUGACUAUCAAGCCUCGACAAAAACCUGAAAGAAAGACAGCAGCUGGCGAUAAAACUCCGAGCAGAGAGCCUCUCAGGAUGGUGAUGAUUGGGAAGACUGGCUGUGGUAAGAGCGCCACUGGAAACACCAUCCUGGGCAAAAAAUCGUUUUACUCCAAAACCUCCAUGACAUCAGUGACUGAGUUAUGCUCAAAAGAAACGGGAGAGGUUGGUGGGCGAGUGGUGGCGGUGGUCGACACACCUGGUUUGUAUGACACAACUCUGUCCAACGAUCAAGUGAAACUGGAGCUUGUGAAAUGCAUCAGUUUGCUGUCUCCUGGACCUCACGUGUUCUUACUGGUGGUGCAGAUUGGUCGCUUCACAAAAGAGGAGAAAGACACCGUCAAGCUGAUCAAGGAGUUUUUUGGCAAGAGGGCAAAAGACUUCAUCAUCGUUGUGUUCACCAGAGGAGAUGAUCUUCAAGAUGAAACGAUUGAGAGUUACAUAAAAGAAUCCAGCGAUGACUUUGUCAAAACACUGAUUGAUGAAUGCGGAGGAAGAUACCACGUCUUCAAUAACAAAGACAAAGGGAAUCGUGCACAGAUCACGCAGCUUUUAGACAAAGUAGAAACGAUGGUGGAGAAGAAUGGAGGCAGCUGCUACACAUCGGACAUGUUCCAAGAAGCAGAGGAAGCCAUACAAAAGGAAAUGAAGAGGAUCCUCAAAGUGAAAGAUGAAGAGAUGCACAAAGAGAAGGAGGAAGCAGAAAGAAAACACCAAGAAGAAGUUCAAGCAAAAAAGAAAAAAAUUGAAGAAGAAAGAGCAGAGAAAGACAAAGCACUGAAGGAAAAGGAAGAGCACAUUAACCAAGAACAGGAGAAAAGGAAGAAAGAAGAGGAAAAGAGAGAAAAGGAGGACAGUGAUCGGAUAAAGCAAGAAGAGUAUUUGCGGAGGCAGUGGGAACAAAAACUUGAAACUCUGGAAAAAAAAAUAAGAUCCGAAUCUGAAAAAAAUGAAUUUGCCGACAGAAAGUUGAUGGUAAACCGAGAAGAGAUGAGACGAGAACGAGAGGCUUGGGAAAACGAGCGCAAACAGUGGUGGGAAAAACGCCGUCAAGAAGAUCAGCAGAGACAAGAGGAGGCGCAAGAACAGCUUAGAAGGCUCAAAGAAGAAUACGAGCAGGAAAGAAGCGAAUACGAACAAAAAAGAAAAGAGGAGGAUCGAAUCAGAAGAGAGCAGGAGGAAAGAGAGUGGAAAGAAAUACAGAAAAACUAUGAGGAAAGAGAGCAGGAGAUGAAGAAGAAAAAUGCGGAGGAGGCCAGAAAGCAAGCAGAAGAGUUCAAUGACUUCAGAAAGAAGUAUAGCAUAGACUUUGCGGCUCUGACUGAAAAGUAUAAUAAGGAAAUAGACGACAUGAGGCAAAGAGAGCAGAGAUAUAACGAACACCUGCUUAGACAUCUGCUGAUGAACAAACACUUCAAGAGAGAAUUUAAAAUACUGCAGAAAAAACAUGAAGACGAAAUGAAUCAGCUCAUGGGGAAUAUUUCUCAAGAGAAUGUGGAUCAUCUGGAAGAAAACGUCCUCAAAUUAGAGAACGCACAUAAGGAACAAGUCAAUAUUUGGAUACAAGAACAUGCAGAGAAGGUCUCAGCAGACAAGUCCUGCAGCAUUUUAUGAGCUGCUGUCUAUAAUCUGAAUCUGAACAGCCCUGAACAGAACUGAGAUCGCUCUUGGUUUUAAAGUUACAUACAGAAAAAUGAAGACAUUAAGAUUCACUUUUUCUUUUCCUACUGAUCCUCUGUCAUUGUAUCACAGUACUUUAAUUAUUUCAACUUUUCAAGGUAACCUAUAUUAUAAACAAAUGAUAUUUACUUGUUUACUCUUGUAACCCAAAAAGUGCCAAAUAUGAAGAAACAUGAAGAAAUAAUGAGUAAGCAUAGAAACAUCAGUGAUGGGAAAAAAUUUAAGUAAAUAUGUACUCAUGUUAAUUUGAUGCUUUAUGUGUCAUUGAUAUUAUUAUGUCCAGAUGUCUUAUGCUGUGAUUCAACUGCAUGCAUUACUGUAGAAGACUGAUAAUGAAAUUGUAAUUUGAUGGUGAUAUUACUUUACCAUUUGGGGAAAAAAAUUACCUGAUCAAAUAAAAUCAAAACAUUUGUUUCUUGAUGUGAAUAAUUUGCACAUUUA